AUGCCGAUGGCCCAACCGCCCGAAGUCUUCGGUGAUUGGCCCCCACACUGGUAUUACCAGGCAAGAAUGACGGCUAGAUCACUGGUUGCAGAAGGGAGCGACUCCAGUCAGAUGAUGAACUUCCUCUACUACCUGGUGUGCACCCGGGACGACCCCUACUACACGGAGUUCCUGCCGCACAUUCUGGCGGAUCUUGAACAUACUCUGUCGGCUCACCUUGACCCGACGGCGGUGGUACGGCCUCUCAAUGAUCAGGAAAUGAUGUGGGCGCGGUACGUGGAGGACGCCCUGCACCAGGAGUUCCUUGAAGAGUACUACCCGCAGGAACAAGCUCAGCUGGAGGCCCAGGCGGGUCUUCUUCCAAUUGAGCUGGUGACCCUGCAUGCGGCGGCGGACCCUGAAUCUGAGGCCCAAAGGGUGAGGCGAAAGGAGUUCAACCGGAAAAGGGAAUUACCCAGGGUGGUCAAGGCGAUCCUCGAUCUCCCCGUGGAGGGUGCCUCCUCCUCGUCGAGUGAUGAAAUGCCCUCGAUGCACUAUCGGGUUCACCAGGCGAUGGGUAAACGGGCGUGGCAACAGCAAAUCAAUGCUGACAGCACUCCUAUGUUGACCCAGCACGAACGCAAAGUGGUCUGGAUGCAAAGGGUCACACGCUUCCUUCGACAGGUACAUCUGGAAGGGGAUGAUGGCUGGGCCUUCCAGCUCCUUCGUCAGAGGGUUCUUGGAAGAGCAACUUCCAACUAUGUGAGCCGGGCCAUGGGCUACUUGAGGGAGAUCGAGGUGGCAGUGGCCCCAGCAGACACUAUGGGAGUUGAGCCGCCUGAGCACAUCAGUGAUUGGGCCAUCCAAGAAGAAGCCUCCUUGUACCGGAUCCUCACUACGUGGGAGCCUGAUGACGAGGUGCCCGCGACUGCCUCUGUGGAUGUGGGAACUCAGGGACAACCGGCCUUCAUGGUGAACUUGACUGCGGAUGACGAGGUCCUUGAGGUUGCCGAGGGUAACGAGUCGGAAGGCGUUGAGGGCAUCGGGCUUGGAAGCAGCAUGGAAGGUGACUACGGGGACCAGGAUGACACCUUGCACGUGCCGGCAUGCUUGACGGUGCACUCGCAUUCGAAUGACGAGGGUGUCGGGCAUGAGCAAGGGAGCACCUCCAACAAUGCCGUCGAUCUUACCCAGUGUGCUGACGGCAGAUGGAGCAUGAAUAUGGAGGGGGAUACGGAAGUGGUGCAAAUGUAUGACCUCACCCAGGACGAGGACGCCGGUGACUCUGAUGAAGUGUUCCUUAUGGAUAGGGCAAAGCCAAAAAAGCGCUGGCUUAAGAGUCGCAGCCGUAGCCGAGGAAGCAGAAGGGCGGCCCCCGCUGCUGUCACCACGGAAGUGCGGCGACUCACGGAGGCAGGGAGGGCAAGUGCGAGGGCAACGCCGUCUGCCACGUGCACUCCGAGUACUCCGGCUAAUUCGAGCAGCGGGACGGGAGAACCAAAGGCGAAAGCCAAGAGCAGGCCGAGGUCGUCGGGAGACUCGGCAUCGCCAGCUCCGACUCCUGGAACUCCCAUGUCCGCCCAGGAGGCACGUGACCUGUGGUUUAGUCUGCUGGGUGUUACGGAUGAAGAUGCCCCGGCGGACUCCUUCCCGACCACGUUUCAAUGCAAUGUGAUCUCUGAGACCUUUCUGGGUUUGUCGUUGCAAGACCGAGUCACCUUUCUUGCUUCCCUCGGAAUGGUGACACAACGGAUCCUCGAGGUUGUCGGUAACUUGGUGCAGCUUGCCCGUGCAAAUGAACGAGACAAUGAAGAGGUGGAAGUUCCAAUUGAAGAGGACACGGCUGCACUGAUGCAGCAAAGCACGGCAAGGAACGAUGGUUGGUACGACGAGCUACGACUCCUGCAGGAGACUCUGGAAGAGAUGACGCAGGAGGAGAAGUGCUCAUGCUCUUUGCUCCUGCUGAAACUGCUGGACUGGAAAUGCACAAACUGGGGAGCCGGAAUGGUGGUGGGCCACGUCACCGGCCGCGCCGCGGACCUCUUGGCUCUCCUCACUGUGGCCUUCGAGGAGCGCAAGGGAAGGGUCAUGGAGUGCCGACCGGACGAGGACCGGGUCAUGCAACUGUGGCAGAGGGUCCAGCCAUACCUACCAAUGGCAACUGGAUCCAGAGCUCAGCGGGGAGUGCCCCUGUGCAGUCAACGCCCGGCCUGGUGUGAACCACAUCACCAACCGAACACGCCACCGAGCUCACCGGGGUCCCCAGUGGCAAUUGACUCGGCGGAUGCACAGCCGCUCCAUGGUGACCUGCCGGCUGUGAUCUUGGACCGUGAACUUGCGUAUGAAAGGGAACCCGAGGCUACUGAGGAUGAGGGACAGCGGCGCAGGGAGGAGGAAGAGCAAUAUGAAGAACAGCGUGUACGGGAACACAUCCUCCAGAACCAGAAGGAGCAGGGCCGGGCUUACCAGGAGUGGGAAGACCGGGUGAUGGCAAGAUCGCUCCAGACGGGACAGACCCGCUCGAAGCGGAAGGGGAUCCAGUUGGAGCUCAGCUCGGGCAGUGCUGAUGCGCCUCGAGUGGUUCGUCGACUCACUCUCCCCACGGACACCACACAGCUCAACAUCUGCAUCCGCUUGGUACAGGACAUGGAGGACAGUGAUGCAGAUACAGAGCCGGUGCCGGAGCAACCUACACCCAGGGAGUUGCCAUGUGGCACCCUGGCUCCGGGAGAGGGCGACUGCAGUGCAAGUGCCGGUGAGUUGGGGGUGGACCAAUACGACCAACUGCGGCGAGCUCUACAAGCAGGCACUACCAGCUUGGCGGAGAUCCAAGGCCAGCAUGGGCAGCAGGUGGUGGAGAUGCUGCAGGUUCAGUGGGCGAUGGAGCAAGCGUCUGACACACAGAUGACGGUGCCCUUCUCGCCUCAACCUCAAGGGGACCUCUACCGAAGCUGGUUGGCAGGACACACAUCGGAUGACCAGGUGAUGCAUGCCCUGGGUGCCCACGGUUUGGAGCUCUUUCAGUCGGCUAAGGCACUGCAUGAGCAGGGGACAUGGCACGAAGAGGAUCACCACAUCGAUGGACCUGGGGGAGAGCACAAUGUGGGGCAAGCUGUUACGCAGAUUGACCUGGCGGUGGAUGAUUUGCUUGCAACAGGGCCGGGAGUGGUGCAGCGGCUUAUCCACUACGACCACUGCCGGAAGAUCCAGCUGAUCAAUUCGAGAGUUGAGGGCUAUGCUGGUUCCAGUGGCGAAUGUGACUGGUGUCGCUUUGUUCUGCGGGGUCGUGUCUCCUGGUGGCUGGCACUGCGGGCAAUGAGGGUCACUGCCAUGGAGUUGGCUCGCUUCAAGCUGCUCAUCCGGGAACGCUUCAGGGACAGCGCUGCUGAGAUGUUCCGCUUUCUGGAUGACAACCGCAGUGGCCGUGUAAACCGCGUAACCUUCUCAGCGCGGCUGCAGACGCUGCACUACCGCGGCAAGACUUCCAGCCUCUUCCAGUACCUCGACCGCCAGGGACUGGGUAUCUUGACGGUACAUAGUCUGGCGUUCCUCGACCGCUGGCACCUGCCGCCGUAUCUGUAUUACCAGCCCGAUCCGAGCGGCUUGCGUGUGAUCAAGGCAAAGUUACUGGAGCUGCACAAGUAUGCGCUCAUUGCGUGGCGCAAGAUCGACAAGGACUGCAGCAUGCGGAUCUCCUAUGACGAGUUCAGAAAUUACUGGGCAGACCUGCUCACGAAUAACAAGGCCGUGGCUGCGCAAGCCGCGAACCUUCCCCGAUCAGAGAGCGAUGUGGCAUCGGCUUGGAGGGCCAUGGACAAGGAUUGCUCUGGCUACAUUCAACUUCGAGACUGGGACUACGAUAGCCACAAGCACCUGGCAGAGUUCAAGCAGUGGGCAGACAGGGUCCACGGCAGUGUUGUGGCCGCGUUUCGGGCGCUGGAUGUGGGCGGCAAUGGAGUCACCUCCAACUGCGGCUUUCCGAGACCGAGCUCAAGAGGUGCACCAAAGGGGACCGCCCGUGCAAGGCUGAUGUGGAGUUCCUCUUCGAUGGCCUGGAUGUCAAGAAGCAGAAUUUUUUGUCUGAGGAAGAUGUCAAGUUCCUUGAUAACUGGGACUUGUCAUGGGAGGAGUGGCAGGAAGGAGCCUCGCAGACAAGACGCCGCUUGA